GCGGUCUUACAAUCGCUCGAUCAUAGUAAAGUACUUUGAAGAAUAUGCUAACUUAUUGUACGAACGUUUUGGUGAUCGUGUGAAAUAUUGGAUUACUGUCAACGAACCAGAUCACUUCUGCGAUUUUGCAUAUGGAAAUAAUUAUAACGCACCCGGGAUUAAUGCACAUGGCAUCGGUGAAUAUGAAUGUGGUCACAAUAUAUUGAAAGCGCAUGCCGUUGCUUACCAUCGCUACAGAGAUCAUUAUUAUCAACGGUAUAAAGGUCGAGUUGGAGUUGCUUUUAGCUCUUAUUUUUAUUAUUCUGAUACAAAUGACACGGCCACAGUCGAUUGGGCCAUGCAAUUUUCGCUUGGUUGGAUGGCUCAUCCAAUUUUCGGCUCAGCGGGAGGCUAUCCUCCAAUUAUGAUCACACAAAUCGCUAACAAUAGUAACACAGAACAACCAGAGCGGUGA